CGCUGGUAUCUGGAUCUCGGUCCUUACAUCUACAGCUCGCGAAGAAACGGUUUCCUCUAUUUAAAUCCUUGCGAAAGCGAAAUCUAACAGCGACGCCAUUCUCUCCUAUGGCUCUGUGUUCCAAGUGAAAUUUGAAUGUUCCGCAAUCCGAGCGAACCGAGAGGUUCACAUUUUCGUUGGUCCAAACGAGACGGUCGCAUCGCGACAUCGGCGAUAGCAACUUCAGAGUUCCGUGCCGGUCGUCUGUUUUUUCUUCGAUAACCGAAACGCGGUCAGUAGGUUAACGAACAUUUUUUGGACCAGAGAAGCGCAUUACGCGUCUCACACAUGGCGGAGAAAUAUGUGAAGGACAUCCUGGAGAAGCUAGAAGAGAUCGAGGGCCUGCACGCGAAGCUGCGCAGCCUGGUACCUCGGAUGAGGAACUACGAGGCCGGAAGUGGAUCGAACGGGGUUCACGGACCGUCGAAAAGCGAGAAGAAAAGCGAUCACGUUACGCUCGAGGAGAAGCAGGGGAAAAAGAAUUCCUGGAAACGGAAGCUGUCCGACAUCGGCGUCAACCCGGGGAGAUUAAAGAGCACUCGCGGCUCGAAGUACCUGAAGAGGCUGCGACGCAGCUCCUUGAACUUCGUCGUCGGACAGUGGCGCGACAAGAAAGAGAGAAUAAAGAACCUUCUGGCAGGCUUAGUCGAAAACGAUGUCAUCCUCGGUAAAAAUGGCCGAUCGAACACGCGAAGCGAAUCCUUUCUUUUUAUUAAUAAGCUAAUUCUCAGGGAGUUCGAUCAAUACUUUCAUAAUCGAAUUAUUAUAUGUUUCAUUUAUAAUACUAAGAAUAUAGCAUUGAACUUAACACAACUCAAUGACAUUUGUUUGUUAACCCUUUGCACUCGAAAGGUGACUCUCAGUCACCAUUUGAUUCGAUACAGCAAAAUUACAAAGUGUUAUAUAUAAUAUUAAGUUUCGAAAUACGUCUAUAAAAUAGCUUUGUUUCUUAAUUUAAGUAUGCUUUCUCGUUAGU